UCUCGUUAGGGGGCUGAGAGAGAAUUCAGGCUCAUCUACCUGAGCUUGGGGAAGAGCCGUUUGGCAGUUCUCGUCCCUUUGCUCAUCAAUCCCUCGGGUGGGCUCCAUGGAAUUAUGGGACCAACUUUUUCUGGGAAACCAAAGACAGUGCAGACAGGCUGGGAACUUUUCUCUCCUCUCCAGUUCGGUUUCACAGGCAAAGAAUGGGGAUUGGAACCAAGGAACGGGAGCAAUCGCCAGCUGGUGUCAAUCAAAGUUCCCUGGAAACCAAAGGGCCAUAUCUUCCCUCAACAGGGACUAUUCAGAGAUCAAGGAGACUGCAUCAAGGACACAUAGGCUUAGGAUGCUGCACUUAGCAUCCCUUUGGCUGCUUCUUAGUGACCAACAUCAAACACCAGGACUAGUCUGAGCUGUUGGAUCCUCUCGGGGCCGCAUCCCAAGAGCGGCUGGUGCAAUGCAGGAGGUAAAAAAAAGCCUCUACUCUCCCAGAGCAGACUGUAUAGGGUUAACAAAGGAGCAGGCUGUCCCAGGCCAGCUGGGGCUCUGGUGCACCUCGGCUCUGGGCUGUUCUCUGUCACAUGCCUGUGCUACCCAUAAAUAGCUUAUUCUGCAAUAUCCUCCCCAGUGCUCCUCAGCUCUGCCCUGUGGGUAGCCAGGCUCUUUCCGGGGAUGUUGUCACAGCGGGAGAUCCGGGGCAGGCGCUGAUCCCCCUCUGCGGGGUCUGGGUCAGCAAGGGCAGGGCAGGUUGCUCCAGUGGUGAGAUCCGAGCGGGGCUCACAGGCCUGGAGACUGGGCUCAGCUCCUCAGCCCCAAAGGAGAGACAGCCUGACGUGAGACCAUGUUCACAGCCUGAACAAGCCGAGCGUGCUCUCCCAGCUGGAGGGACAGUGCCUCUUUCCUGCCUCCCUCCUGUUUAGUCCUGCAGCUGGCCUGAGAUGGGAAAAUACCAUGGAGGGGCAGGGAACCAGCUGCUGGAUAAUCCAGGGACAGGACAUUAUUCACAGACAGGCAACAGGGGCAGAAUCCUGGCGGUGAAUUGUCUGCUACAACACAGGCUGGGAAACACCCCACAACACCUGGCACGCCACCACUCUGUGAACUUAGGAAGAAAAUGUCCAAUCGAACCAUCGUGACUGAGUUUAUUCUCCGGGGAUUCUCUGAUGUCCGGGAGCUGCAGAUUCUGCACUUUGUGCUGUUCCUGGUGCUUUACCUGACAACCCUACUGGGGAAUCUUCUCAUCUUCUCAGCCAUUGUCCUCGACCAUCGUCUCCACACCCCCAUGUAUUUCUUCCUGAUGAACCUGUCCAUCAUUGACCUCGGCUCCAUCUCUGUCAUCAUCCCCAAAUCUAUGGCCAACUCCCUCCUGAACACUACGGUGAUUUCUUAUUCUGGGUGUGUUGCCCAAGUCUUUCUCUAUUUCAUCUUUGCUACAACUGAUUUUACCUUACUCACUGUCAUGGCCUAUGACCGACACGUCGCCAUCUGCCACCCGCUGCAUUACGAGAGAGUGAUGAACAGGAGAGCCUGUGUCUACAUGGCAGCUAGUGGCUGGAUUGCUGCUAUUGUCAAUUCUGCCGUGCACACCGGGAACACCUUCACGUUACCCUUCUGCCAGUCCAACGUCAUCAACCAUUUCUUCUGUGAAAUCCCCCAGCUCCUCAAGCUGGCCUGCUCCGACUCCUACCUCACUGAAGUUGGGCUUCUUGCCUUUAGUGUGUUUUUAGCUGUGUGUUGCUUUGUUUUUAUCAUUGUGUCGUAUGUUCAGAUCUUCAGAGCGGUGCUGAGAAUCCCCUCGGAGCAGGGUCGGCACAAAGCCUUCUCCACCUGCCUCCCCCACCUUGCUGUGAUCUCCUUGUUACUUUGCACUGGGUUCUUUGCCUACCUGAAACCCACCUCCAGCUCAGCAACAAAUCUAGAUCUCUUGAUGGGUGUUCUCUACUCCGUGGUGUCUCCAAUGAUGAAUCCGGUCAUCUACAGCAUGAGGAACAAAGAGAUCAACACUGCAUUGAAGAAACUUUUUCUGUGUAAGAUUUUCUUUAAGAAUGAACAUGUUAUCAGUCAUUGACCCUGCAUUUCCAUUUUGCAUAUCUUUAUA